GGAGCGAGCGAGUGCCCAGGGUGAAUCAAUGGAAACCCCCUCACGAAGCCGGGAAAACACUUCAGCCGCAGCCAAAUAGCAUUGAUUAUUUUCCUUCACUUCCCUCACCGCCGUGAAUUUAUUUAUUUAUUUUUUCCAUCUCCGUCCCCGACGCCCCGGAGCGAGCGCUGGAGGGAGGGAGGAGGAGGGGAAAAAAAAAAGGAAUCAACACAUCGGAGAAGUCCCUUCCAAGAGCCGCCCCCUCCCCUCCCCGCCUCGCGCUGCUCGGCGGCCGUGGUUCGACUCCCGUCCCUGCUUCCAGCUGAGGUGGUACUGGCUGGCACGCUGAAAUGAACCCCCAGCACGUCUCCGUCUACCAUGGCCACCCUUAAUUCAGCCUCGACCACUGGCACCACCCCCUCCCCUGGGCACAAUGCCCUGUCCCCACCUCCGGACACCUCCUCCUCCAGCACCCCCUCUGAUCCUGUCACCAAAGAUCCCCCUGCUGCCCCCUCCACCUCUGAGAGCAUGAGGCCCUCAGAGCCAGGGGGACAGCCUCUGGAGUCAGGCUGUGGCCUUGUCCCACCAAAGGAGCCCCAAGAAGAGCCUGGCUAUGGUCACUUCCCACCAAAGGAUAUGGGGGUGGGAAAAGACAAGGAGCAGGAGGAGGAAGGGCUCCCUCCCAUGGACCUGAAAAACCACUUAUUCUUCACAGCUGGUGGCGAGGCCUACCUAGUAGCCACGCUAUCCCUGGCAGGCAGCAGUGAAUUCCUGUUACCAAAGGGCUUCCCCUGGGGUGAGGCAGGCAUCAAGAAAGAGCCCAGCCUGCCCCUCCUUGCCAAUCCACCCCCUGCACAUCUUACUGCCCUUCACAUUCAACAUGGCUUUGACCCAAUCCAAGGCUUUAGCUCUUCUGACCAAAUUCUGUCCCAUGAUACCUCAGCACCAUCUCCGGCUGCCUGUGAGGAAAGGGAUGGAGCCUUCUGGAGCUACCAGCUGGCUCCAAACCCACCCGGAGAUCCCAAAGAUGGCCCCAUAGGAAGCAAAGGGGAAGACCACAGGGCAUUUUUCUGGCUCUGCCUUCUGUGCCGUCUGGGUUUCAGCAGGCCCCAGGCCUUUAUGGGGCAUACACAGUCUCAUGGGGUGAAGCUAACUCUUGCCCAACACCAGGGCCUGCUGUGUAGCCCAGCUGUGCUCCAGGAGGGGGAAGAAGGCUGCAUGGCCCUCAUAAGCUUUCUGGAACCAAAAUCCCUCACUUGCCCCUCUCUUGAAAAGCCCCUUGACAACAGUAGCACAGCAAACAUGGAGGAGAAUGUAGCCCAGACCAAGGAUGGCCCUCCUGAGGCAGAAGUCCAGGGCCUUGUCCUCCCUGCUGAAGAAGUCAUGGCUCUCAGCCCACCCUCCCCACCUGCAACCCUAACCACCUGGGACCCCAGCCCAACCCAAGCCAAAGAAUCGCCAGUAGCAGCAGGCGAGGCAGGGCCAGAUUGGUUCCCUGAGGGGCAAGAAGAGGAUGUAGGGCUCUGUCCCCCACUCAACCAAAGCUCACCCACCUCCAAGGAGGGGGCAACUCUUCCUGCUCCAGUGGGCUCCCCUGAAGACCCCAACGACCCACCCCAGCCCUACCGCCUGGCUGAUGACUACACCCCAGCCCCUGCGGCCUUCCAGGGCCUCAGCCUAUCCAGCCACAUGUCCCUGCUACAUUCACGCAACUCCUGCAAGACACUCAAGUGUCCCAAGUGCAACUGGCACUACAAGUACCAGCAGACUCUGGAUGUGCACAUGAGGGAAAAGCACCCUGAGAGCAACAGUCACUGUAGCUAUUGCAGCGCCGGGGGAGCCCACCCCCGCCUUGCUCGUGGAGAGAGCUACAACUGCGGCUAUAAGCCCUAUCGCUGUGAUGUCUGCAACUACUCUACCACCACCAAAGGCAACCUCAGCAUCCACAUGCAGUCUGACAAGCACCUUGCCAACCUGCAGGGCUUCCAGGCAGGGCCGGGAGGACAGGGAAGUCCCCCAGAGGCAUCACUCCCACCCUCCACGGGUGACAAAGAGCCCAAGACCAAAUCAUCCUGGCAGUGCAAGGUGUGCAGCUAUGAGACAAACAUCUCCCGCAACCUACGCAUCCAUAUGACCUCUGAGAAGCACAUGCAGAAUGUAUUAAUGCUGCACCAGGGACUGCCGCUGGGCCUGCCACCUGGGCUGGUAGGGCCAGGGCCUCCUCCCCCACCAGGAGCUGCCCCCAACAACCCCCCUGAACUCUUCCAGUACUUUGGGCCCCAGGUCCUAGGGCAGCCUCAGACUUCCAUGCCUGGCCCUGGGCUGAGGCCAGACAAGCCCUUGGAAGCCCAGCUACUUCUCAAUGGUUUCCACCACCUUGGAGCACCUGCCCGCAAGUUUCCAACACCUGCCCCUGGCAACCUUUCCCCAGAGACCCAUCUGCCUCCAAGUCAGCUCCUGGGCUCCUCGUCAGACGGCCUACCCACCUCACCACCUCCAGAUGAUAGCCCGUCCCCAAAGGUGUUCCGCUGCCUAGUGUGCCAGGCCUUUAGCACAGACAGCCUGGAGCUGCUGCUCUACCACUGCAGUGUAGGCCGGAGCCUCCCAGAAGCUGAAUGGAAGGAGGUGGCAGGUGACACCCACCGCUGCAAGCUCUGCUGCUAUGGCACCCAGCUCAAGGCCAACUUCCAGCUCCACCUCAAGACUGACAAACAUGCUCAGAAGUACCAGCUGGCAGCCCACCUUCGGGAGGGGGGUGGGGCCAUGGGCACCCCUUCCCCAGUCCCCCUGGGGGAUGGGACCCCUUAUGGGUCUGUCUCCCCACUGCACUUGCGCUGCAACAUCUGUGACUUUGAGUCCAACAGCAAGGAGAAGAUGCAGCUGCAUGCCCGGGGGUCAGCCCAUGAAGAGAACAGCCAGAUCUAUAAGUUUCUGCUGGAAAUGGAGGGAGCAGAGGUGGGCACAGAGCCAGGGCUUUACCGCUGCCUGCUCUGUGCCUGGGAGACACCCUCCCGCUUGGCUGUGCUGCAACACCUGCGUGCCCCUGCCCACCGUGAUGCCCAGGCCCAGAGGCGUCUACAGCUGCUACAGAAUGGCCCGACAGCAGAGGAAGGACUCUCAGGUCUUCAAAGCAUCCUGAGCUUCAGCCAUGGGCCACUCCAAACUCCUGGGAAGGCUCCUGUCACCUCCUUAGCUGAGCCACCCACUCCUGAGAAAGAUGCCCAGAACAAGACAGAGCAGUUGGCUUCUGAAGAGGCAGAGAAUAGGACUGGGCCUUCCAGAGACAGUGCCAACCAGACCACGGUAUACUGCUGUCCAUACUGCAGCUUCCUGAGCCCAGAGUCUGACCAGGUCAAGGCUCAUACUCUCUCUCAGCAUGCAGUGCAGCCUAAAUACAGGUGCCCACUGUGCCAGGAGCAGCUGGUAGGACGGCCUGCCUUGCACUUCCACCUCAGCCACCUUCAUAAUGUGGUGCCUGAGUGUGUGGAAAAGCUGCUUCUUGUGGCCACAACUGUAGAGAUGACCUUUAUGACCAAAGUGCUGCCUGGGCCCAUACUAAGCCCUCUGGAGGACGACCCAGCACCCCCCACCCCUGGACUAGAGCCCACACCCAGCAGAGAUCAGGCAGCAGAAGGCCCUAACUUGACCCCAGAAGCCAGCCCAGAUCCUCUUCCUGAGCCUCCCCAGACCCAGGUUGAGGUCCCAGACAAGCCCUCGGGAAGCCCUGAUCAUCCCUCUUCUUCAGCCCCAUCUCCUGUCCUUCGGCCUGAUACCCAAGCUGAAGAAGUGGCUCCUCCAUCCACAAUGGCUGAGGAGGAAGAGGGGACUGUGGGGGAGCCCCGCUCUGCAGAGCUAGCCCCAGCUGACUCUCGCCACCCUCUGACCUAUCGGAAGACCACCAACUUUGCCCUUGACAAGUUUCUUGAUCCUGCCCGGCCCUAUAAGUGUACUGUGUGUAAAGAGUCCUUUACCCAGAAGAAUAUCCUCUUGGUUCACUAUAAUUCUGUCUCCCAUCUUCAUAAGAUGAAGAAGGCGGCCAUUGACCCCUCUGGCCCUAGUCGGGGAGAAGCUGGUGCCCCACCCACCACUGCUGCCACCACAGACAAGCCCUUUAAAUGCACAGUCUGCCGAGUUUCCUACAACCAGAGCUCCACCCUGGAGAUCCACAUGCGAUCAGUUCUGCAUCAGACUCGCUCACGGGGGGCCAAGACUGAUGCCAAGACUGAGGGGCCAGAGCGUAGUCAAGAAGAGCCCAAGGAAGGAGAGACAGAGGGGGAGGUGGGCACUGAAAAGAAGGGGCCUGACCCCAGUGGUUUCAUAUCUGGACUGCCCUUCCUAACCCCACCUCCCCCUCCCUUGGACCUGCACCGAUUUCCAGCCCCUCUCUUCACUCCACCAGUCCUACCCCACUUCCCUCUAGUGCCCGAAUCACUGCUUAAACUCCAACAGCAGCAGCUGCUCCUGCCCUUCUACCUCCACGACCUCAAGGUGGGGCCCAAGCUGGCACUGGCUGGGCCUGCACCUAUGCUUUCCYUGCCAGCUACCACUCCACCUCCCCCACCCCCACGCCCCAAGGCUGAGCUAGCUGAGCAGGAAUGGGAGCGGCCCCCCCUGGCAGAGGAGGGGAGUGAGGCAGGGCCCUCCUCACCACCCCACCCAUCACCCAAUGAGGCUGCCCGUACUGCGGCCAAAGCCCUUCUAGAAAACUUUGGCUUUGAGCUGGUGAUUCAGUACAAUGAAGGAAAGCAGGCUGUGCCCCCUCCCCCAACGCCUCCUCCCCCAGAGGCCCUAGCGGGUGGAGACAAGCUGGCCUGUGGAGCUUGUGGAAAGCUCUUCUCCAAUAUGCUCAUCCUCAAGACACAUGAGGAGCAUGUCCAUCGCCGCUUUCUGCCUUUUGAGGCUCUGAGCCGGUAUGCAGCUCAGUUUCGAAAGAGCUAUGAUAGCCUUUACCCACCCCCUGUGGAGCCUCCCAAGCCUCCUGAUGGGUCUCUAGAGCCACCUGCUCCCCAACUGGGCCCACCUUUCCUGGUCCCAGAGCCUGAAGCAGGAGGGUCCCGUGCUCCUGAAGAACGAAGCCGGCCAGGAGGACGCUGGCCCCUAGAGGAGGAAGAAAGCUCCAGAGGGAAUCUUCCUCCCCUAGUUCCUCCAGGCCGCCGCUUUUCCAGAACCAAGUUCACGGAGUUCCAGACCCAGGCCCUGCAGUCUUUCUUUGAGACCAGUGCCUACCCCAAGGACGGAGAGGUGGAGCGGCUCGCAAGUCUCUUGGGUCUAGCUAGCCGUGUGGUGGUAGUGUGGUUCCAGAAUGCCCGUCAAAAAGCACGAAAAAAUGCCUGCGAGGGUGGGCCUGUGCCCACGGGAGGAGGCACAGGGGGAGCUUCUGGCUGCAGGCGCUGCCACACCACUUUUUCCUGUGUUUUUGAAUUGGUGCGGCACCUCAAGAAAUGCUAUGACGACCAGACCCCUGAAGAGGAGGAAGAAGAGGCAGAGAGAGUGGAAGAGGAGGAAGAGUUAGAAGAGGAAGAAGUAGAAGAGGAACAGAGUCUGGAGCCCCCAGCAGGGCCUGUGGGUCCAUCACCGGAACCUCCAGAAAUGGAGGAGCUGAGCCAGGCAGAGGCAACAAAGCCAGGAGGCAAAGAGCCAGAAGGGAAAGCUCCUCCCUCACCUUCCCCAGCUCACAGCUGUGACCAAUGUGGCAUCACUUUCCCCAGCCAGGACCUCCUGACAAGUCACCGCCGACUACAUAUCCUGCCAUCUGUGCAACCCAGUGCUCCCCCUCAGCUCUUAGAUCUACCCUUGCUAGUGUUUGGGGAGCGAAACCCUCUGGUGGCAGGGACCCCACCAGUGCCAGGCCCACCCCUCAAACGGAAGCAUGAAGAGGGCAGCCUAUCCCCCACAGGCAGUGAAGUAGGGGGUGGAGGGGAGGGUGAGCCCCCCAGGGACAAGCGCCUGCGUACUACCAUCCUGCCUGAGCAGCUGGAGAUCCUGUAUCGGUGGUACAUGCAGGACUCCAAUCCAACACGCAAGAUGCUUGACUGCAUCUCUGAAGAGGUGGGGCUCAAAAAGAGAGUGGUACAGGUCUGGUUCCAGAAUACCAGGGCCCGGGAGAGGAAAGGCCAGUUUCGAAGCACUCCUGGAGGGGUGCCUAGUCCAGCAGUCAAACCCACUGUCACACCCACCCCUGCACCUUUCCCCAAAUUUAACCUCCUAUUGGGCAAGAUGGAUGAUGGGACUGGGAGAGAAGCCUCAAAGAGGGAAGCACCUGCUUUUCCCUAUCCUACAGUCACCCCUACUGCAGGACCUCUGCCUUUCCUGCCACCUGGGAAAGAGGCCAUCACAUCAACAGAACCACCGUUACCUCUCCCACUACCCGCUCCACCAAGUGAAGAUGAGAUACCAGAGGAACCAUCUAAAGCUUCUCCAGAAAGUGAGGCUUGCAGUCCAUCUGCAGGAGACCUAAGUGAUUCAUCUGCUUCCAGCCUAGCUGAACCAGAGUCCCCCAGUGGAGGGACCAGUGGGGGGCUGGGAGGUGGGAGUGGGAUUCCAGAUGGAAUGGGGCAGCGGCGCUACAGGACCCAGAUGAGCAGCCUGCAGCUGAAGAUCAUGAAAGCUUGCUAUGAAGCCUACCGCACCCCAACCAUGCAGGAGUGUGAGGUGCUAGGGGAAGAGAUUGGGCUGCCCAAGAGAGUCAUUCAGGUCUGGUUCCAGAAUGCUCGAGCCAAGGAAAAGAAGGCCAAAUUGCAGGGGGUGGUUGUGGGAAGUAGUGGGGGCAACAACGAGGGCCCCUUGGCAGCCCAGCGCACCGACUGCCCUUACUGUGAUGUGAAGUAUGAUUUCUAUGUUUCCUGCCGAGGCCAUCUUUUUUCCCGCCAGCACCUGGCCAAACUUAAAGAGGCAGUCCGAGCCCAGCUGAAGAAUGAAAGCAAGUGCUACGACUUGGCCCCAGCACCUGAGGUCCCCCCAACUCCCAAGGCCCCACCUGUCACCACACCUGCUUCAGUGCCCAUUGGAGCUGCCCCAGCCCUGCCUCGCCUGGCCCCAGUGCUCUUGUCCAGCCCAGCUCUGGCCCAGCCACCACUCAACAGCUUAGCUCCUUUCAGCUCAGGCCCUGCAGCCUCCUCAGGCCUCCUUGGCCUUGCCACUUCAGUCCUGCCUGCUACCACAGUGGUCCAGACUGCUGGCCCCGGACGCCCCUUACCUCAGAGAUCUGUGCCCGACCAAACUGACACCUCGACAGCAAGCACCACGGACUCUGUCCCGGGCCCACUUACCGAGCCCUCCGGGGACAAGGUCUCUGGUGAGCGAAAGCCAGUUGUGGCCCCUACCAACCCCUCCACUGAUGCCCUCAAGAACCUCAAAGCAUUGAAGGCCACUGUCCCAGCCCUGUUGGGGGGCCAAUUCCUGCCCUUCCCAUUACCCCCCACAGCAGGGACAUCACCGCCAGCUGUCUUUGGCCCCCAGUUACAGGGGGCCUACUUUCAACAGCUCUAUGGCAUGAAGAAGGGGCUAUUUCCCAUGAACCCUGUGAUACCUCAGACCCUCAUUGGGCURCUCCCCAAUGCCCUCCUCCAGCCACCACCCCAGCCCCCUGAGCCCACAGCCACAGCACCUCCAAAGCCUCCUGAAUUGCCUGCUCCUGGGGAGGGGGAAGCUGGGGAGGCUGAUGAGCUGCUGACAGGCAGUACUGGCAUCUCCACUGUGGAUGUGACUCAUCGCUACCUGUGCCGCCAAUGCAAGAUGGCAUUUGAAGGGGAGGCCCCAGCUACUGCCCACCAGAGAUCCUUCUGCUUCUUUGGACGGGGUUCUGGGGGUCCCAUGCCCCCCCCACUGCGAGUGCCCAUCUGCACCUACCACUGCCUGGCGUGUGAGGUGCUGCUGAGUGGGCGUGAAGCCCUGGCCUCCCACCUGCGCUCCUCGGCCCACAGGCGCAAGGCGGCCCCACCCCCAGGGGGCCCACCCAUCACAGUCACCAACGCCGCCACUGCUGCUCCAGCUGCUGUGGCUUUUGCCAAAGAGGAAGCAAGAUUACCUCACACGGACUCCAACCCAAAAACUACUACUACCUCUACACUUCUAGCUUUAUAAACAGAUUAACCAAGAUGGGGAGAGGUCUCCCUCUUCUACCACAAGGGGUGUUUGGUGGGAACUCAAAUCCCUCACCCCAACCUUUGGCUCUGCCCACCUCAUGGGGAUCUUUCAAUUCCCACCCUCAGUGGGCUUCACACACCCCACCUCCAGCAGAGUCCUGCCUCCUCCCUCACCCACAGACACACUUUGAUCCUCUUCCUCAGCUCCUGGCAGAUGUAGCCCUUGCCCAUAUGUUUUCAUAGACAGACACACACAUACCCCUUGGCAUCUUGAUUAUUCAUACCUGUCUGUGUAUCAUACAUAAACCUUCUCUUGGUUCCACCUUCCAUUUCCCCAAUGAAUUCCCAGCCCCCCUCCCACUUCUAUAAACACACACUAUCCCAUAAUAUUCCACUAACUGAGAAAACACCAAAAAAGGAAAAAAAAAAAAAAAGACGAAAAAGAAGAAAGAAGGAAAAAGAAAACCCAAGACAAAGAAGGGGGAUGGAAAAUAAACUGCCACUCCCCCUUCUUCCUACCCUCCUUGUCUAGAGCGACAUACCGUUCUCAAACUCUUUCCAAAAACCCAAUUGGCUCCCAAAGUUGGAGCCUGGGAUGGGCAGGGAGCCCACAAAACUCUAAACCAAACUGGAGGUUGGCAGGGGGAGAAGUGCUUCCAGUUCACUCUCCCCAAACCCAUCCCUCAAAACCCUCUCCUCACCUGAUGGGGUCUACUGCGGCCUGGACUCUAGGGGAAGCCGCCGACAGGAACCCCUCUGCCAACCCCCACCCCACACCCUGGGAACUGCAGUAACUUAUUCUCAAAGGCUUUAAACACAGAGAUCCUCUCAGCAGCCGUGGACCUGCCCCUUGUCCUAGCCCUGCCAUGGGGUGGUCCAGCCUCCAGGGACCGGCGCUGCCCACCAACGGCAAAUCCAAAGUUCUUUUAAAAACUGAAACACACACAACCAAAAAACGAGAGCGAGAGUGCGUGCACCUGCGCACAAAAGAGAGAUGGAGAGACCAGUGGAAUGAACUAAAGAAAAACAAACUUGGAAAAUACAGAGAAAAAAAAAAAAAAAGAAAACUCUCCCAUCA